UUGACUGUUUCUUUAUCCGUCGGCCUUGUCUGAGUUUCUCUCUCUAGAACGAGUGAGAGUUACCUCUCCCUUUCUCUCUCUAAAACAGGGUUGAUCGAGCUCCAAUACAGGGGCCCUUGGGGCCCACAUUUUCUCUCUCUAAAACUCUCUCUCUCUCUAAACCACCAUAAAAAUCUGUGUUGUCCAUUUCUCUCUCUAAACAACAGGGUAGGUUCACCUCCUCCUCCGGCUCUGCAAAACAGGAAAAGGACUGAGCUGCCCCUUCGCCUCUGUAAUACAGGACGAGCUUUCUCUCUCUAGAACCACUGUUUCUCUCUCUAAAACAGGUGUUAAUGGAGGUCGGCACUGUUACGCUUCCUGCUCCACAUGAUCUCCACUUGGGGUGCUCGCAAUUUACCCUAAAGUCUCCAGCAGCUGAGGUCUCUGAAACAAUGGAGCAGGGCUCAGGGGAGAAAACCAAUGAAGCAGCUGUGAAGUUGCAGAAGGUGUAUAAGAGCUAUCGAACAAGGCGUAGGCUUGCUGACUCUGCUGUUGUGGCCGAAGAGCUCUGGUGGCAAGCGAUCGACUUUGCUCGCCUAAAUUACAGUACUGUUUCCUUCUUCAAUUUCAAUAAACAUGAAACUGCUGUUUCUCGCUGGUCACGGGUCAGUCUCAAUGCUUCUAAGGUGGGAAAGGGAUUAUCCGAAGACGAAAAAGCCCUGCAAUUGGCUUUCUGGCACUGGAUCGAGGCUAUUGAUCCUCGCCAUCGUUAUGGACAUAGCUUGCAUUAUUAUUAUGAUGAAUGGUGUAAAAGCAACUCAGGCCAGCCAUUUUUCUUCUGGCUGGAUAUUGGGGAUGGCCAAGAUGUUGACCUUCAAGAGUGCCCGAGAUCAAAGCUCAGAAAACAUUGUAUCAAAUACCUCGGUCCUAAAGAGAGGAUGCAUUAUGAGUAUGUUCCCGUUGAUGGUAAAAUCGUGCACAAGCAAACAGGGGAGCUUUUGGAUACAAGCAAAGAACCUGAAGAAGUCAAAUGGAUAUUUGUGAUGAGCACAUCUAAAAGUAUCUAUGCUGGUCGGAAAGAGAAGGGGAAAUUUCAUCACUCGAGCUUCUUAGCAGGAGGCACUACGCUAGCAGCUGGAAGAAUUAAGACUGAGAAUGGCGUCCUUAAGUACAUCUGUGAUUGUAGCGGGCACUACCUUCCAUCUGAUAAGAACCUCAAUGUCUUUAUAACAUUUCUCAGAGAAAAUGGAGUCAACCCAGAUGAAAUUGAGAUACACGAUUGCUCAUCCACAGACGAAGAAAGCCAGGAAGAGAGCGGCAGGGCUACAAAGAAGAAGAUCAAACGUGAUAAGACACGUCUUGAUGAGACAGAAACCGAAGCACCACCAGAUCAGACUGUCGUUCUUCAAUCCGAAACAUCAAAAGUUGACAAAGAGAGAGAAAGUCACUAUAUUUCAGGAUGCCUCCUAAACCUCGAUCUCGAGGUUGCAUCAGCUCCCGAAGAGACCCAAUCCGUGGUUUCUGAUGAGAGAGGAACCGAAGGGUUCAAACCCAUAGCUCAACUCGAGGGCCAUGAGAGUGAAACCCAAAUAUCUAAAGCCCAAGCCCAACCACCACCUGAUCUAACACUAGUCAUUCAACCCGAAACACCAAGAAUCGGGGAAGCGAGAGAAAACUCCUAUAAAAGAACCCUAUCAGGAGGCCUCCAAAGCCCUAAGCCAGAUGUUCCACAGAAGGCAAUACUUCAAAGGAUCAAUUCAAAGAAAGCAGCAAGAUCUUAUCAGCUUGGAAACCAGCUUUCAUUGAAAUGGACCACAGGGCUUGGUCCUAGAAUAGGGUGUGUUGCGGACUAUCCUUUGGAGUUGAGAAUCCAGGCUUUAGAAUAUGUUUCUCUCUCCCCGAAAGGAUCCCAAACACCAUCUCCUUCUCGCUCUACGGUUUCUUGCUCUUCACCUCUAGGUUCUGUGGCACACUCAUGUGGUCAAUACAACAAUUAGUUUCUAGAUAUGCUGCCAACGUUGUAAUAUCACUACUACAUUUCUGGUUUCUCUUAUUAAUCUUUGAACCCUUGUUGAGAAAUGAUGUGGAUUUGGUCCCAAUUGCAUUCACAGGCAUUUUUUAGUUGGUUCUUUUA